UGUUGGCAACACUAGAGCUUCCUAAGGAUUAUUGCAGAUUAUUGAUUAUGUUUAUUUGAAAAGUGUGAAAGAGUUAUAUUGAUUAGUACACAUUUUGUGAAUGAAUAAUGAAACGUUAUAAUAAUUUCCAAGGUAGCACAGAGAAAAAAAUAAAAGUUGAUGAAAGCUAUGAAGAAUUAUGGGGGUCUGAUCCAGACAUUGAUGACAUCGAUGGUUGUUUUCUGCAAGCCACACAAAUCUGUGAAAAUGAAGACAAACAGAACAUGAGCCAACUGAAUAAUACUGCUAAUACAUAUGAUGAUUUUGCACAAAACAUCAAGGAGGGUACUUCAAAUGAUGCAAGACCUUACUCACAACUAUCAUCAACAAAAAUUCUUAAUGAUACUGUUACUGCAUCAACAAGUAAAAAAACACAUAAUGAUACUGCUAUUGCUUCCACAAGUAAAAAAAUACAUAUUGACACAGCCGUUGCAUCUACAAGCAACUUUUAUAGGAGCAACCAUGCAAAUGUCUUGGAUAAAAAAGUUAAGGAAUUGCAGGCAAUGUAUGAGUCAAAAGAAGGAGAAGUAACUAUAUUAAGAAACCAAAUAAAACAAACCACUCAUUUGUUGAAUACAAAUCAUGCUAGGAAGGAGCAAGAAUUGUUAGACAAACUAAAUUCAUCUAAAGUAGACUUGAAACGCGUUACAGAAGAAUUACAAUUAAAGACCCUUGAAAUUUUUAAUGUGAAAAGAAAAAUAGAAAAUCUGACAAGAUUAUCCUCUAUGGAUGCAAAUUCUCGAGAGAAGUUACUAUCAAAAUCAGUAAAUGACUUAAAUCUUGAAUCAAUAUCCAUAACAACAAAUCCAUUACAAAAAACUAUAUCAAGUAGCAUAUGCAAUAUACCUACAAAAAAUGUAUAUGAAUUCACAUGUAUUUUGAAAGAUCCAAAUGUAACAGAUGAUGCACUGCUUAGCUGCAAAGCAAUUCAUGCUGAAAAAUAUGAAGAGAUUUUUAAUAAUAUCGGUAUGGUUUUGUAUGCGACCACAGAUGACUUAAAAUCCAAAAAAUUAAAACCAUGUAUAAUCAAGUUAUAUGAGUUUACACUGGAAAUCUUACUUAAAUUCCAAGAUCAUUUAGUACAGUUUGAAAAGUGCAUACAAUGUGAAACCAUUAGGAAAAUGGACUUGUACUAUUUAAUGGAUACACAUAACUUGUUAAAAGGGAAUACAUGCAUUACAGAUCCAAACGAAUGGUUUGGUGGAGAAUGCGGCAUUCGGUGUCGACAAUUGUUAGCGUUGUUAAGCGAAAUUUUAAUAUAUAACACAGAUUUAACUAAUCUUAUAACGAGACAACAAACAAUGGAAGUCGAUGAUGCAGACGAUGAUGGCUUUUUAAAUGUAAUAUUGGAAUCGUUAAAAAUUAUAGGCAAAAUUAGGAAAACCAAUGAACAUAGUGGCUUCUUAGCUGGAGUAUGCUGUCUAUUGGAGAAACUAUGUCAAAAGCUGGAAGGACCUGACUAUUGUAGUUUAAUUAAUGAAAAAAUGUGCAACAUGACAAAGGAAAUUGUAUUUGCCAGGCCCAAUUCAGUUACAAUGUUUUACUUGUCAAGAGUUCUCAAGGAUGCUUCAUUACAUAAAGAAUUUGUUGAGUCCCUGUGCUUGAAACCAACACAGGAUAAUCUAAUAACCAAAAAGAAUAGAGGAAUUAUACUAUUUCAGAAUAACAGCUGCAUUUUAGAAGUAUUCAGUCUAAUCUAUAAAGAUACGUUGGCACACGACGAUUGUUUGAAUAUUGAGAUUAACCUGGAGAAGCAUCUAAAUGUUUUAAAGUUUAUUUCCAAUAUCCUGGCUUCAAAUGCAUCGUGGACUUAUUACCAAGAAAAUACACAUUACAAUUGCCUCUUUGAACUGAACAAAUUGAGCAUUGUUCUCAUACAUUUUGCAUUCAACAUAUAUGAAAACUGUGAAGGUGAUCUAUUAGAAGAAUUUGUUAGAAUCUGUGUGAAAAUUCUGCACGAGUUAAAUUUUAAAUCGUACGAAUUCAUAGAACGAGACGUGAAAAUUUGUGCUCAAUACAAAUUGAUUAAAGACCGAUUGAUUACAUUACAAACAAAAAUUAAGUUUAGAGAUUUUGAUGAUAAAUGUUUACAAACUCUUAGCUUCGUUUCCACCGAAGAAAUACCACCAGUAGAUAAAAGUCAAUUAGAAAAUCUAGAUUUAUGGUAAAGGUAAAAAUGCCAUCUAUUGUU